AUGUUAAAAGCUAUUCUAUUUCUUCUUGUAUUCGUAAGUGCUCUUGUUUCAGCAUCUGCUAUUCAUAUCGAAGCCACCCCCAGCAAUGUAGUUGUUGGUGUAACAAGAUAUCUCGAUGUGAAAUGUUCAAUAACAAGGGGAGACGAAUCCAGCAUGGAAGGUCUAAUCUCUUUAAUUAUCACGAGAUCAACAAACCCACAGGGCACGUCUUUCAAAGACCUGGCGUCACUGUCAAUGUUUACACCAGAAGUCCAGAUAAAGGAGGUAUCAGAGAUUAACAUAACAGCUUCUGGCAAAAUUGACAACAACGGGGAGUCAUACAUCAAACUACUUUGGGAAUACCCGGACGCAAAAAAGUCUGGUGUAUAUCAGUGCGAAGCCCACGGCGUAGACCACACAGGACAUCCUGUUUAUGUCAACUUGACAACAUUUGUUUCAUCAACACACCCUGAUAUUGAAACUUUAUCCGGACAAAUCCAGACAUUGACGUCUCUGAUUGAGCAUCUUACCGAUAAAUUGGACAAUCUGACCAGAGAGGAAACUAAAUUAAAGUCGCGAGUCGACUCAUGGAGCCAACGGCUAGAGAUGGCAAGAAAAAAUCUGUAUAAAAUUUCACCAGUCUUCAACGGGAGGCGAUAUUUGCUUUCUAGAAAAUAUAACUCACUUGUGAUUGAUGAUUCAGCUGCUGAUUGUAACAUAUUUGGUGGCUAUUUGGCUGAAAUAGAUUCUGAAGCUGAACACAAUUUUAUCAAAGAACAUCUGCUAAACAAUGUAAAUGACAUGUAUGCUAUGAUUGGUGCUACUGAUGAGGGUCAUGAAAACGUUUGGAUAAACAGACACAGUCAAACUGCUGUCACUUAUUUCAGGUGGUAUCCAGGUGGUCCAGAUAGCGGAAAUUUACAAAACUGUUUAUGUUUAAACUCAACUGCUUGGUUAAUGAAUGAUUUGCAAUGUUCUUUUACAACAAACGAUUUCUUAUAUGGUUAUAUAUGUGAGGUCCCAGAAGAUACUUAUGAGAUUUAA